UCAAGGGCUUUAAAAGGCAGGGCUGGAGCACCAAGCAGAGCAGAGCACCGGCAGGAACCAGGCCAGCUACAGCAUCACCAACCUCCUGGCUCUGCAGACAAGAUGCAGCGACUGUGUGUGUGCCUGCUGAUCUUGGCACUGACUCUGGCCACCUUCUCUGAAGCUUCGUGGAAGCCCCACCCCCAGCUGCAGGAUACAGCCUCGGGUCCGGCGGCCAGUAGGGGCCUGGAGCCACACUGGCCGGACCGGCAGGACGUAGCCUCUCACCACCGACGGCAGUCGGAUCUCCAGGGUCCCCCACAGCUGGUGGCAGACCUCUCCAAGAAGCAGGGACCGUGGCUGGAGGAAGAUGAAGAGGCAUACGGAUGGAUGGACUUCGGCCGCCGCAGUGCAGAGGACGCGGACGACCAUCCCUAGAGCGGAGCUUCGGGGCCCCGCGGUCUCCCAGCCCCGCCCCGCCCAUGCAAAACCAAUCAAAAUAAACUAGAUUUCAACAGGA